UAAUCAAAAGGCCACAUUACACCGUUCAGUCUCACUUUUGUUCAGUCAGACCAGACCAGACCAGACCAGGCAUCCUUUCACAUUUUUAGCAGCCUACCAUAGGGGAGGGUGAGAUGAGGGGUGUUUAGUUGGUUGUAGUCUGCAACCAUGCAGCUAGGUGCCGCUAAAUCAUACACAUUACACCUGUUUGUUUUUCCUGAUGAAAGACCUUUGAAUAUAUGACGAGAAAUAAUAAAUUCUGGCUUUCAGUUUUGACUUUUUAUGUUCUACUGUUUCUCCGGGUCCUCCAGCUUUCUCUCACAGUGUCUCUAGGUGUGAGUGUGUGUGAUUGUCUAUCUUUGUGUCAGCCCUGACCAUGUUAGGAAUAAUGGAGUUAUCUUGUGCAAGUUUUCAAGGCCCACACACUGUAUCAGUGGUCUCUGGACCGACAUACCUAGAAAUGAAGUGGUCUUGUUAUGGAGAAGCUGUUGCUAGGUUACAAGGGCUUUGUGUCGCUGCCACAGCUGUGUGUGCAGUGAGUGCAGACCACUUAAUAUUUGUAAUCAUGAUGAAUUAGUGUUCAGUUAUUAUUGAUUUCCAUUCAUAAUAUGUUAAUAAUAUCUCACCCCCUAAUCUAUCAGUAAGAGCACUAUGGGAGAAGAGCGGAAUCAUUUCUGUUUACCUGAGAGCAUUAGUCCACCAAGGAUGAGAGAAAUACUAGGUGCUGAUAACCCAUAAGGUUACCUUAAGUCUUGUUAAGAAUUGUUGGGUGUGUAGAUGCUUUGUAUUGAGAAGAACUGAUCCAUCCAUAGCAGAUGGUUACUUUCUGGGUGUCCUGCUCUCAGCUGUGGUUCAAGGGUUUGAGAGCUGUGCUCCUGUGCUUUUACCUAAAACCUGGGGUUUGAAGUCAUUCUUCAUAAGUGUAGUGAUGUCAGUCACAGACAGGAUGUGAGCACCACAACCCACUUUGCUUUGAAGUGCAUCGAGAUCCAAUCUCUCCCUAACAGACUGUGCUUCCUUUUCGACGGCAGACACAGACAGACAGUUUAGGCUGCUGCAGAAAUGUGGUCUUCAUUUGGGUGGCGGGGGGCCAACUGCUUGCUGGAAAUGGUGUGCCUCGUUAGACGAUUCGCCCACAAGGGGCUGGAAAAUCUGCCCCGCUAACCAGUAUCCCCUAAUAAAGACAAUGGCAUGUGGACAGAGGCAGGCAGUCACCCAAAGUGCGCCCUUAUUCUGCGAUGGACAGUGUUCCCUUCUUCCUUAGCAGAGUUAAAGCGGAACCUCCAGAAGACCUUCUCGCUCACGACCUGCACUUCCACACGCAGACCGAGCCCGUUGACCUGUCAAUCAACAAACCCCGCCCCUCCUCUUCAUCCACCACCCCAACCACCACCUCAUCAUCCUCCCCUCUCAGAUCCGCCUUCUCCCCGUCUUCUUUAUCGUCGUCAUCCUCGUCCUCUUCUUCUUCCUCCUCUCCAUCGGUUAUCACCUCAGCCUCAUCGGUGCUCACGCCAGGCCCUCUGGUUGCUCCCGGAGCCGGGGUAAGAGGUCAGCCGUAUUUGCACAUCCUGCACUCUGUGCCACCGCCUCCAUCCAGCCCCCUGAGCCUGCAGGGAGCAGGGAAGCUGGCCAGCCAUGUUCACCGCAUCCCAGUUGUGGUACAGUCGCUGCCGCUCAUGUACACCACUGCCGUUCGAUCACCCUCCAGCCUCAACAAUGCCAUCAUGCUACCUCUGCUGGACGAGGUCAAAAGCCAUGGCAAAGCACACACAGACCCCAACGGCCUGUCACCAAGGCAGAUCAAAAGUGACAGCGAUGACGACGACCUGCCAAACGUGACCUUGGAUAGUGUUAAUGAGACUGGCUCCACUGCGCUGUCUAUAGCCCGCGCCGUACAAGAUUCCAUGUCCCCUUUCAGUAUUGACAGCAUACGGCGCCCCCGGAGGUCAGAGUCACCAGAUUCCAAAAAGCGAAGAAUCCACAGAUGUGACUUUCAGGGCUGCAAUAAGGUGUACACCAAAAGUUCCCAUUUAAAAGCACACCGGAGGACGCAUACAGGGGAAAAGCCAUACAAAUGCACCUGGGACGGCUGCACGUGGAAGUUCGCCCGCUCUGAUGAGCUGACGAGGCAUUUCAGAAAGCACACAGGGGUGAAGCCCUUCAAGUGCGCAGACUGUGACCGCAGCUUCUCCAGAUCUGACCACUUGGCCCUGCACCGACGGAGACACAUGCUGGUGUGAAUCAGAUGGAGAGUGAUAAAGAAAAAGAGAGAGAGAGAGAGAGAGAGAGGGAGAGAGAGAGAGCGAGAGAGAGAGAGAGAGAGAGAGAGAGAGAGAGAGAGAGAGAGAGAUCAGAGGAACACACACACAUACACACGCACGCACCCACACACACCCACAGGCAGCCAGGGGAGCGGGAUCUCCUUAUGAAUGUUUUUCAGCUGGCCUGGACACACACACACACACACACACACACACACACACACACACACACACACACUCAUCCAUCGUAUAGAGGGAAGAUGGAGAGGUGCACAGAGCUUGUGGAGCACAAAACAGGGUCACUUCUGGAUCCUCUUUGGGUUGGAAGGAAUAGACGGCAGGAUCUGUUAUUGUCAUUGUUUGGAGUAUAAUAGGGAACUGUCUUUUACAGCACUGUUUGUAAAUGUUUCACUUUGAUUUUUAAGAUGAACUCGCACUCUUUGUUUGGACAAAAAGAUAUAUAAUGCAAUCGCAGCUGUCUCUUUUCGGUAUCUUUCUUUUCAUUAUUGUUCGAAUGGCUGCUUUUCCAGCAUUCAUAAUGUGAACGACCCAUUGUGUGGAAUGGAUUUCCUGUGUGAGCAGAAAGAACUUGGACUGGAUCACAGGAGAAGGACUUAGGAGUUACAAGCAGUGUUGUUGCGCUGUGCCUCCCUGUGAGUUUGAUUUGUGACCAGCAGAGGGCGCUAUUUCACCACAGAUGCUCUCCCUUUGCCUGCUGGAGCCUGCUGUUCUAUCUGAGGCAUGCCAUAUAGAAGCUGAAAUGGGGCUGGACUUUCAACUUUGUCACAGCCAAGCAAACAAUAAAUGACAUUAACUAAAAUAGCCACAACCUGAAUGGAUCAACCUCAUCAACACAACACAUUUGUUGUUUCAGAUAUUCAUUGCUUUAUUCAAAACAAUGAAACCCGGACAUCAUAUCAUCACACCAGCAAAGGAACACACCGCUUGUGACCUGUUCACAGGGCUGGACAACCGCAAAUUUCAUCAGUGCUACUCUUUAUGUUGAGCCUCUUGAAAGCAUUUUCUUAAAAAAAAAAAUCUUUGGUGGAUUUUGUGCUGUGAUUAGCAAUCAGUAAAGUGCAAUCUUAAAGGAUAAAUAUACUUUCAGUAUGACAACAUUUUGUUUUAUUGAAUCUUGCUUUUUUUUUUUUUUAAAUGCCUGCUUUUUGCUUAUGUUUGAGUCAGAAAAAUACAACCCCUCAUGUACAGUGAACUUUGAAACAAUCAGAGGAGAUAUCCAGUAUGUGAAAAAGAUUAGAGGCACCUUACAGACUCUGCUUUCAUUCUGUCCUGAUCCAUUUGUUUUUAUUAUUCGGCUCUGUUUUCUCAGCUGGUUUUGGCAGUGGAAGGAACUUGCAUUGUCGUUUUGCACAGCAGCACUUGACCAUAAGCUGAAACUGACAUUGGCUGCAGUGUUACAGGGAUAGUGUGAUGUACAAUACAGAUACUGAAGAGCAAUACAUUCUGAACAAAGCGAUGAGAAGGACCGUCACCCUCCCCUUUGUUCUGUUUGCUGAUGUCAAUAUCGAGGGGGAGAAGUUUCUAACGGGGCCAACUCCUCACUCUGUACCACGACUCCCUCUGUUGAUUGGUUUGUAGCUCCAGCACAAGGCUCGAAUCUGAUGUGUCUCAGUUAGUGAGUUAGUCCGAGCCAUUUUAUUUAAUUUUAUGUGUCUCAAAUACAGACAGCCACUUGAAAUGUUCUCACCCUGCCCACACCACAUAUAUGUAUAAGAUUAUUCUCUGAUGUACCUGAGGUUUGGCUACAUAACAUGCUGACAAAUGGAGGAAUCAUAGGCGGCAUACAUUUAUAGCUCAUAUAAAAAUACAUACAUGUGUACACACAUUAUGUAUGUACAGAAAUACUGCGUUUCACAUGCAGUUACUGACAGAAAUAAGUUGUAAGUUCUUAGAGAGCAACACUUAACCUUAAUCAGGAAAGUAACUUGCAUUGAGCAUGCGCCCUUUCAGUGAAGUAGCCAAAUCCAGGAAGUCAUUUCCACACAUGCACCCCAAUGUAUGUGGCCCCCACCCCCUCCCCCACCCUCCCAAUGUAAUGGAUAACGGUAUUGUAUGUCAUCAUUAUUUAUGUAUAUUGUUUGCGCACAUGUCAUUAUGCCCAGUUGUAUUAUCAUUUUGGCAAAAGCAUAUCAGCACCUUGUUUGUUUGUUGGUUUGAUUUUCAAAUGAUUUUAUUUCAGAUGUCAGUUUAUAAACAAAUAAUCAUCUUCAUAUUUUAUCAUCCAUAUAAUGUAUGAGAACAUUUUAUUAUUGAGGGGCACUUCAUCAUUUGCAUAUAACUUUUUUGCUUCUGUAAAAAGGAUCUUUUGAAAUGUUGUAAUAUAUGUGAUAGUGAAGAUAAAACUUAUUACAAAGUUCUACAGCCUGUAUAUACAUUGGAAAAAUAGGGCUUUUGAUUAGUAGAUGCAGGAAAUACAUUUAUACAUGUAAAGUCUUUUUAAGAGACUGUAAUUUAUCUAAUUUGAUAUACAGUGAAAUGGGGCUAAUGGUAUUCAUCAUGUAAAUUAUCAUAUGUGAUGUUAUGUAACAGUUUUUGGUUUGUGGUUUAAUAAGUUCAUGAUCAAAUCAUUUUUAUUCCCAAGGCUGAACCAGUGUUUGCUAUAAUCAACAAAAUUAUUUAUAUACAUUGACCACAUUAAGGUACUCAAUUCCCUGUGUUGCUAUUUUGCUAUACCCGGACAAGAAAUUAUAUCGAUCAAGCACAUAUCAACAACACGUGUACUCUCGUAUUCAGUGUAAGACAUUGCAUGCCUUAAUACACCGGUUUUUGCUAAAUUCAAUUUGACUUGAAUAUGGUGUCUCCACAGGACAGGGUGUAUUAUACUUCCCUUCCACAUCUCGUUCCUCAUUUUAAAGCAUAAUUUUGUAACGGUAACCAGGGUCAAAGUUAUGCAAUAAUAAUGAAUAGUGCCUCAUAUUGCAAACUUGUAAUAUCAACUGCUCUUGUUCAGAGUUUAGAUUUCAAUAUGUGUGUUCAAAUUAAUAAAUUUCAAAUGGGAAACCAUGAAUUUUGGAGGGAAAAAAAAAAAAAAAGCACAGACAACAUUAUGCAAGGCGGACCUCUAAUGUUUCACUUUCUUUUCGCACUGAGCCUUAUGCCAUUGUGUCAAACGCAGCAUCCUCCCAUAACACUUCACACAGGCUGUUUAUAGCUCGCGUUAUUACUUUGCUUGCAAUAAGUCACUUCCUCUAAGGGGAACAGAGCUGAGUUACAAAGGGUCUCUGUGUUCCAGCUUCAUCACAUGAAUACAUCGUAGUGGCUCCGUGAAAGGCAACGAGGACUCGGACUCACAGGGAAAUGUCCUGUGUCUGGGAUUCUGGCUAUAGAGUGACACCUUUGCUGAUGAAUACUGAUCUUACACUUCUCUAUCAGUUCAAUAUCUAUUUUACUUUCUGUGUAACAUCUGUUUUUGAGUUCCUGGUUUUGAAAAUUUAAAUAGUGAAGCCAAUGCCUUCGUUUCAAGUUUGCUGAUAAUUACGUACAGUAAUCGUUGUUCCUGUAUUUAUGUAAAGUGAGUGUAGUGUAAAUAUAUUCAGAUCUUUUCAUUCUUACCGUAAAAAAAAAAAAAAGAAAAGAAAAGGAAAAAAAAAUUGUGAUAUUGCUCAGCAUCGCUUCAAAAGGGAGAUUCUGCUCAUGGAAUUCCACGUCUGUAAAAGAAAUUUUUAAUUCUGAUAUUUUUCAAAACUUCAAGAACAGGUGUCCUUUUUUUUUCUGUUCCACUUUUCUUUUCUCCAAGAGUUGUUUAAGUAUCCAGUCAGUGUUUUGCCUUUUUCUCUGUAUUUUUCAUAUGGAUGGAGCUGUGAAAUUAAAAUAAGUUCAAACAUAUACAUGUAUAUCAAUAUGAAUGGAGGCAUGAAGGUUAAUAAAGUUGCAUUUUGUAUGUAA